GCCCGAGAGCAAGUCCAAAUCUCUCACUGCACAUGCAUACACCAUGCUCUCCGCAGCGCUCCGGGUGCUCGCACGCGCAGCAGCGAUACAGCGCGCCGAGGCAGCGGCGAGGACAGCGACGGCACACAGCUCCCCCGCCGGAAGCCUCACAGCCCUCGACAGACUCAUAGACGCAGCGCCGCAUCACCCACCGCCGCCCGCACCCGGCACACACCCCGCCGACAAGGGCCACGGCAUAUCCCUGCCUCUCAGCUUGAAGCGAGGUUAUCGGGGCCCUGUCAAGUAUGUCCAGCCUGGACCCAGGCCUAAGCCUGAGACGGUGGAGUCGGUGGAGUCGGUAGAGUCGGUCAGACCGAUCGAGACUGUUAAAAGCAGUCCAUUGACCGCUAUACCCUUGACCAAGCCACUGGGACCAGCAGAACCAGCGGAGCCAGCAGAACCAGCAGAACCAGUGGAACCAACGAGACCAGCGGAAACUGUGAACGCAGCAACUGUAGACGUGGACGCCGAUACACCCCCUGCUCAGCCCGUCCCGCCCAUCGUCAAACAAUUGGAAGCUGCAGCUGAAGCUGAAGCUGAAGCUGCAGAAGACGACGAGACGCCAGUGAUCUUGCGUGCGUCCAGGGUACCUGCUUCCCGCCUCGGCCGCCUCUUCCACUAUGGCUCACUCGCCGCAUCACUCUCAUGGGGUGCCGCAUCAGAAUCCAUUCGGCGGUCGACCGGCGGAAACAGCAGCGGAAGCGUGUUUAUGAGCGAUGCGAAUAUCAGACGGCUCGUCUCUACCCUUGGCCGGAUGAGGGGCGCUGCAUUAAAGCUGGGCCAAUUCAUGUCUAUCCAAGACAACCACAUGCUCCCCCCCGAAAUCGAACAGGUCCUGCACCAAGUCCAAGCCCACGCCAACUACAUGCCCGACUGGCAGAUGGACAAAGUCCUCCGCGACGAGCUCGGCGCCGACUGGCAGGCCAACCUGUUUACCCAGUUUGACCGUACACCGAUCGCCUCCGCCUCGAUCGGCCAGGUCCAUCGCGCCGUCCUCAAAGACGGCAGGCAGGUCGCCGUCAAGAUCCAGUUCCCCGGCGUCGCGUCCUCGAUCGAAUCCGACUUGUCCAACCUCUCCCUCCUCCUCCGCACCUCUGCCCUCUUGCCAAAGGGACUCUAUCUGCAAAACACGAUCGCAGUCAUGCGCAGAGAGCUCGAGGAUGAGUGCGAUUAUAUCAGGGAAGCAGCGGCCGGCAAGAAAUUCGCACACCUCUUGGCGGGCGAUCCGUUCUUCAUCGUGCCCCACGUCGUGGACGAGGCCACCACCGGCAAAGUGUUGACGACCGAGUGGAUGGAUGGGAAACCGUUGAGCCGGGUCAAGAAUCUCUCUCAAGAAACGCGUGAUCUCAUCGGCACCCACAUCCUCCGUCUCUGUCUUUGCGAACUCUUCCAAUUCCGAUUCAUGCAAACCGAUCCCAACUGGGCAAACUUUUUAUUCACCCCCGCCUCUUCCUCCGCCCCGCCCCACAUCCAGCUCAUCGAUUUCGGCGCAAGUAGAGAAUAUACCAAACAGUUUAUGGAUGGGUGGUACAGGCUGUUGAAGAGUGCGUUGGAAGGCGAUAGGGAGAAGAUGCGCGUCGAGAGUUUGAGUUUGGGGUAUCUCACUGGGCAAGAGAACGAUGAAAUGGUCCAGGCACAUCUCGACUCCAUGGCCCUCGUCGCCUCCCCCUUUGCCCACCACGGCCCAUACCCAUUCGCCAACCAGACAAUCACCGACUCCAUCCGCGCACUCAUCCCCAUCAUGCUCAAACACCGUCUCACCCCGCCACCCCAAGAAACGUAUUCACUCAAUAGGAAACUGAGCGGCGCUUUCCUGAUGUGUGCAAAGAUGCGGGCGAAUGUGGAUUGUAGGAAACUUUGGGAAGAGCAAGUGGGGGGUUAUAAGCAGGGCUAGCUUUUUUGAUUUUUAGAUAUGGUCUCGCAUUAUCAGUUAAUCGUCUCGGCUUUGCAUACGAAAAUGGAAAGAUUCGCAGAUUUCCUGUGCCAUCUAACAUACUAUCCAUCUCCUACCCACUUUCAGCGCUCUUUCCAAAAGGCUAUGCUACACGAAUCUUCAC